GCACUCUCAUCCAACUCACAUCUCGCUCAGCGUUCGCGGUCGUCCUGCCAGCGGUCCUCGCCUCUCCUUUCCCCUUUGUUCUUCUCCUUGCUACUGGCAAGCACAGCAUGCUUUUCUCUCGCGCAGCGAACUUCUACGUUCAGGCAACGGCCCUGCUGGCCCUCACACGCUACGCGUCGGCGCAGGACGACGGGUUCAACUGUCGCUUCACCGACGACAACGGCCUCCAAUAUGAUCUUACACCGCUGGCGGGCGAGCACCGGAUUAUGCGGGAAAGGAAGAGUCCACCCACCACCAUGCGCGACAUCGUCAAGUUCAACCUCUGUGCGGACUUGGAUAUUGAGGAGCACGUGGAUGCGCGAGACCAGUGUCCAGCAGGGACACGGGCAUGUCUGACUACACUAAACCAAAAAGACGAUGAGGACGACCGCGUAGUAGCAGUCAUCCCGCUGGCCACGUCGAGCAGUGUCGUUGAGAAGUCGUCGUUGUCGUCGCCAAAGGGUAUCAUACUGACCUUCAGAGGCCCAACAUACCCCGACUCCAGCGAUGAUUCCUGGGAACAAACAUUCAAUCUUAGACUGCUUUGCGCAACGGAAAGCACCGGGUUGACAUUCUCCGACUACGAUGGCUCGGCCAUGUGGGCGGAAUGGAGCGCGCCUUCUGGCUGCGGCUUUGGCGCAGCUCCUCCCGAUUCGGGAUCGGACAAGCCAAACGACGACGCAGAGGAAGGGGAUGGUAGCAGUGAGAGCCAUAUGGGCUCAGGACUGGGAUACUUCUUCCUUCUAUUGCUGCUUGCAUUUGUUGCCUACUUCGCCCUGGGCGCGUACUACAACUACUCUACGUACGGCGCAACAGGCCUAGACUUGAUACCCCAUCGCGACUUCUGGAGGGAAGUCCCGUACAUGUUCAAGGACGUCGUCUCACAUCUAUGCUCCGCUAUUCGGCCGCGGCAAUCGAGUCGUGGCGGUUACAUCGCAGUAUGACAGCCGUGUGCUCUGUUGGGUGUGCGUGUUUGGGUGGAUAUUUGUCACUUUCGCAGUACUUCUCAUGUUCUACAUAUAUCCGGUAUGCUCGAUGUAAUUUGUGCUGUCAUCGCAAAACCUCUCGUGCACAGUUUGCAGGAUUUCCGGAUCUAUUACGGCGGAGCGGAGGGCAUGCCCAAUGACGAUCAGUGUCGACUUGACUAGACUCUAUGCGCCUGCUACUUCGGGCGCAGUGGCUCGUGGACAGAGCGUCUCAAAAGCUCAUUAAUCAACCUUGUGAACAUC